AUGUCAAAAUCAAGAGUUGCGCUUAUGAAGCGGAAAGACGGAUCACCGGGUAUGCCCACGCCAGCCGGUGACACCUCGGAGAAUCGCGAUCGUAGUGAAAACUGGCCACAAGAGCUUCAUGAAUUACUUGAUUCCACGUCGGAUGCCAGUGAAGUCGAGGACGACCAAGUACCACUGGUCAUACCUCCAAGACCCGGUACACUUCCCCCGACCGAAGCGGAUGCCAUGGACACAACUCCGGACGGUGGCCCGUCAUCAGGCGAUGUAGAUAAUGGUGCCGGUGCUGAUGCCAUUGUCGUCUCCGAAGGGGAAACCAAACAGGCGUCACCACCCCGCCGUCGGUUCGUCAUGCCCGUCCCGCUCCCGCGGCGACGGCCACCGGGCGCUCCCGUAGUUUUUUGCCCUGACUCAGACCCGGAAAGCAAUGCGCCGGUAAGACCGUCAAUUGGCCUGACCAGGCCCGGAAUUACUGGCGUUGCCAGUAGAGUGACGGAUGCUCUGGGAUUGUCGGACACUGAUUCCGAUGUUGAAAUGUUAGACAAGCCCCUGGCUAUGCCGGCGAGAUCUGCAAGCACCGUUGCCACCUCGGUAUCGAGCGGGCGGGCCGGAACACUGGAGUUGUCCGAUGGCGACUCGGAGGGCGAGUCGGAUGUAGACAAGCCCCUGGCUAUGCCGGCGAGAUCUGCAAGCACCGUUGCCACCUCGGUAUCGAGCGGGCGGGCCGGAACACUGGAGUUGUCCGAUGGCGACUCGGAGGGCGAGUCGGAUGUAGGAGGAGCCGUGGGCCGAUUUGUCAUCCCCAGCAGGCCAGCCCGCUUGGGUUCGUCAACACCCGGGUCAAAGACGAGUCGUACCGGCUCCCGCCUCUCUACGACGAUCGACUUGUCAAGCGGCGAUGAAUCCGAAUCGGGGGCGGACGUGCAACCGUUACUCAUCCCACCCAGGCCGGCAAGAGUGGCUACGCCGGUCGCGACUCCGCAGGCUACACUGGUCGCGGCUUCACAAGCUGGUCAUGCCUUUGCGCAUCCGCAGUUCUCCCCUGCUCGUGCUGCAACGCCGUUGGAUUUAUCAUCAGGUGACGAGGAAACGGAGCUGGGAGGAAUCGAGCAACCAUUAGUCAUCCCGCCCAGGCCGGCGAGAACAGCUACGCCGGUCGCCGCUCCGCACGCCGGACAUUCCUCCAGGCUUCCGCAGUUCUCCCCUUCCUUGGGACCCUCAACGAUGAACGCCGGUCGUGGGCCACCGCGGGUUCCUGCCCGAUUCGGAAAUAUAUUUGGGCUUGGGGCAACUGGCCCAAGGGAUGAAGCUAGGAUGCCUGCCGGGAUCCGAAUUGAACGGGUCUUGCUGGGUAGCAUCCCGGAUGGACAAGAACCGCGGUUUGAAGCUACGUUAUCGAGGGCUAUCCCCCUCGUGGAAGAGCGCUCGGGUGUACAUGCAUUGAGCAGUAGCCCGGCCCGCGACUCCCCUGCGUCUGACCAUGUCGCUGGCCCGUCAGGCUUCGACGCUCGUGUAGGUAGCAGUUCUCCAUUCCGCGGGACUUCCUCUGAAGCCGGGCGAUCGCAGUCCCCUAGCGGGAGGCCUGGGCCUUGGCGCACCGCAGUAUCACCAUCGGAGGAGGAAUUUCAAGUUGCCCACGGAAUCGUACGGGGUCCCACGUACGAAGGCCCCCUUCCGACGAUGCUGCGAAGGCAGAUGCAGGAGAGCAAUGUUGUGAAGGCUCGAUUGGAGGCACUGCGAGAAAUGAAGAAGGCAAACAGGCAAGGCGCGGAAAUGCUGCAAAGGCUGAGGGAGCGCUGCGGCGCGGAUAGAGAGUAG